AUGGGGAACAAGAUCGCAGAGGAGCUCGUUUCUACGGUACGGUCCAUUGUUGGCGAUGAAUAUACAGAGAUGGACAUAAUUAGAGCACUUCACAUGGCCAAAAACGACCCCACAGCUGCAAUUAAUAUCAUUUUUGACACCCCAAGUUUCAAGAAACUCGAAAUUGUAAAUGUAAUUUCAAAUUCAAGCAGUAAUAAUACUAGUGAGAUCCAAAAACUUGAGCCUAGUACAGUUUCUUCAAAUGAGGGAUUAAAUAUUAAUGAGAGUAGAAUUGAGAGUGAGUGUGACAGGGGGAGUGAGUGGUGGUAUGUGGGGUGUGGUGAGGCAGAAUUCACUCCAGCUGAUUUAUACACGAGGAAGCGGCCUUUGAGCGAACAGGACAGCUCUGGUGGUCCUGCCUCAGUAUUGCACGCGAACUUAUCCAAAAGCUCUUCAUCUGCAGAUGGAGAUAAAGUUGAGAAUGAUGAGACAAUUUCUGAUACUGAUCUUGAUUAUAUUGUUGGUUCAGCUGAUAACUCGGAGAUACAGGAAAUGGAACCACCAAGUACACUCCAGUGCGAACUGCGACCCUAUCAGAAGCAGGCACUUCAUUGGAUGACACAACUGGAGAGGGGAAGAACCACGGAUGAAGCGGCAACAACUCUGCAUCCAUGUUGGGAUGCUUACCGUCUGAAAGACGAGAGGGAGCUUGUUGUUUACUUGAAUGCAUUUUCGGGUGAUGCGACCACUGAAUUCCCGAGUACCCUUGAAAUGGCUAGAGGAGGAAUUUUGGCAGAUUCAAUGGGGUUAGGGAAGACUAUAAUGACUAUAGCUCUCCUCCUCAGUCAUUCUGAAAGAGGUGGAUCAUCAGGGAGCCAACCUACAAGCCAGCUGUCUGGUGAAAAUGGUGAAGCUAGUAAUAUUUUAGGUCAAUCUACAACUUUUGCAAAGAAAUCAGCAAAAUUCUCUAGUCUUGAUAAGCUCCUGAAACAUAAGCCCACACUUAUCUCUGGUGGGAAUCUGAUAAUAUGUCCAAUGACACUACUAGGUCAAUGGAAGGCAGAGAUUGAAGCCCAUGCACAACCUGGUGCUCUAUCUCUUUAUGUUUACUAUGGGCAGACAAGAUCAAAGGAUACAAAAGUGCUUGCUCGAAGUGAUGUCGUGCUGACAACAUAUGGAGUGUUGGCCUCCGAAUUUUCUACAGAGAAUGCUGAGGACAGUGGGGGACUUUUCUCUAUUAGAUGGUUUAGAGUGGUGCUUGAUGAGGCACAUACUAUCAAAUCUUCUAAAAGCCAAAUCUCCAAUGCUGCUGCUGCUCUUAUUGCUGACCGUCGGUGGUGUCUUACUGGUACCCCUAUCCAGAACAAUCUGGAGGAUAUUUACAGUCUUCUUAGAUUUUUGAGGAUCGAACCAUGGGGAAGCUGGGCAUGGUGGAACAAGCUUGUUCAGAAACCUUUUGAGGAGGGAGAUGAGAGGGGGCUAAAGUUGGUUCAACAAAUUUUAAGAUCGAUCAUGUUGAGAAGAACAAAGUCUAGUACAGACAGGGAAGGCAGACCAAUUUUAGUUCUACCACCAGCAGAUAUUCAAGUGACAUAUUGUGAACUAACAGAAGUAGAGCGCGACUUCUAUGAUGCAUUGUAUAAAAGAUCCAAGGUGAAGUUUGAUCAGUUUGUUGAGCAAGGGCGAGUUCUCCACAACUAUGCUUCUAUAUUGGAGUUGCUUUUGCGACUUCGUCAAUGUUGUGACCACCCGUUUCUUGUAAUGAGUCGAGGUGAUACCCAAGAAUUCUCCGAUCUAAAUAAGCUUGCUAAACGUUUCCUUAAGGGUGGUAAGGAGACUGGAGAAGGCAAAGAUGUUCCUUCACGUGCUUACAUUCAGGAGGUUGUGGAAGAGUUGCGGAAGGGAGAACAGGGAGAAUGUCCUAUUUGUCUUGAAGCUUUUGAAGAUGCAGUCUUGACUCCAUGUGCUCAUAGGUUAUGUCGAGAGUGUCUCUUGGCAAGCUGGCGAAGUUCUACUUCCGGCCUUUGUCCUGUUUGUAGAAACACUGUCAGUAAGCAGGAGCUUAUAACGGCCCCGACAGAUAGCCGCUUUCAGAUUGAUGUUGAGAAGAAUUGGGUGGAGUCAUCAAAAGUAUCAGCCUUGUUGGGUGAACUAGAACGUCUUCGUUCCGUUGGCUCCAAAAGCAUUGUUUUUAGUCAGUGGACUGCCUUCUUAGAUUUAUUGCAGAUUCCUCUUUCUCGUAGUAAUAUUCCAUUUGUUCGCCUUGAUGGGACGUUAAACCAGCAACAACGUGAGAAAGUAAUAAAGAAGUUCUCAGAAGAGGAUGGCAUAUUGGUGUUGCUAAUGUCAUUGAAGGCUGGUGGUGUUGGGAUAAACCUGACGGCUGCAUCUAAUGCUUUUGUCAUGGAUCCGUGGUGGAAUCCAGCUGUUGAGGAACAAGCGGUCAUGCGUGUUCAUCGUAUUGGACAAACUCAGCAAGUAAUGAUUAAACGAUUCAUUGUGAAGGGUUCAGUUGAGGAAAGAAUGGAGGCAGUACAAGCUAGGAAGCAACGGAUGAUUUCUGGUGCUUUGACGGACCAAGAAGUUCGGACUGCAAGAAUUGAGGAACUUAAGAUGCUUUUUGCAUAGACAAUACGGAACAACUAAAUCAUGCCAAUGAGUUGGGGCCUCUGCCUCCUGAGAUUGUAGAUUCACGAUUGCCAUAUCAGAUGGUAUAGGUGUCUGGAAAAGAGCUGAAAGCUUCAUGUCUCAUGCUGCAGGCGCGCAGGGUUAUUUUGGAGGCCUCGAGAAUCUCAAGUGUUGAAAAGUGAUCAUUCCAUUGGCUACAACUGGUUUAAUUUUGGAGGAACCUUCAUUUUUCUCAGUAUUCCAAGUUUUAGUUGAAGCAGUUUCCAGAAGCGCAAAUGUAACUAGCAUCUGGGGAUGUGCAUUUGUACUUCACUGUUGUAAAACUGAAUCCUGGCAUCACGAGUAAUAUGAAGAUGUGGGAUCCGACUUCUAAAACAGUUCUUGUAGAGUAAACAAAUUUGUAAAUAAUAUAUUUCGUCAAUGCAGCUUGCAAGCUGCAGAGAGGAGAGUCAUAUGUAACUUUAUAACUUUUGUUUCAGUUUACAAACCUUGUAAAUUUUGACCAUAUUGAAGUUCUCCCUUCAGUUAACAAA